AUGACUGUCCUGGGGAAACGGAAAAAGCCUGAGAGCGCAAUCUCCCAAGAAGAGGCCGAGGCUAUCUUCCGCCGCCACUUCGAAGCUCAAUUCCAACCGAUCGAUGAGGGCGAGUCGAAAAAGAAGUCUACAAAAUCUCAGGAUACCGAUGGCAGCGACGACCAAUCCGCCGACUCUGGAAGCGAUGAAGAUGGGGAGAGCCAGGAGGAAGAGGAUGUAGAAGGCGAUGAAUGGGGUGGCUUGUCAGGCGACAGCGAGGACGACGACGAGAUUGACGACGAAGAUGACGACGAGCCAGCAAUAGAAGUAAUAGACCACUCACAGCCAAGGGUCCCAAACCCGGAAGCCAUGUCAAAAAGCGAACUUAAAGCCUUCAUGGCGAAGGAGAACAACGUCAUCCUGGAGCACGACACCGCCAAGAAGAGGAGGAAGAGGGAUCGUGGGAGGGAUGGGGAGGUCAACGGCCCCAGCGUCGGCCGGAUGAGAGGCGCGGAGCUGAGGAUCAGCGACAGGGACGUGAGGAGCAUAGAGGGUACCCGAGAUGUAUUUGGACGCAAAGGUGGCAAGGGCAGACGGCGAUAA